ACACAGAACGCCUUUUGGCGACAAAUAGACUGCGACGUAACGCAAAGGCGAGCUGCUUUAGAGGCGAAUAUAAAAAUAGAUAUCCCUGGUCGGAUUCAAAUCUGAAAAUACCACCAAAAUUGUAGUUAAAAAGAUCCACAGGAGAGGAGAGCCAAAGUCACCGCCUCGCAGGGCAAAGUGAAAUCGAAUUCGGAUUUCUGCUGCUAUAAAAGCCCUGUUAUUUUGAUACUCAAGUCUACCACAAACCGUGGGCGGAAUUAUCAUUGAACGAGUAAACUGAACAUAAUGGCAGAGAAGCCACAACCCGUGAACGUUCUGUACUGCGGAGUGUGCAGCUUGCCUGCCGAGUAUUGCGAAUUUGGCCCUGACUUUGAAAAAUGCAAGCCAUGGCUCAUACAAAAUGCUCCGCAUUUGUAUCCAGACCUCCGUAGAGAGGCAGCUGAGAAGGACGCUGACAAGACGGCAGAUGAGCUUCAAGGCGUCCGAAUUUCUGGGGAGCGUAGUGAUUUCGCUGCGUCUUCUGCAGGAAGUGCGUCAAACCAGGAGGAAGUAAAACGGCUUCCAGGUGGGAAGAUUAAGAAGAAGGAAAAACCAGAGGUUAUAGUUGAGAAGGUUGUUCGAAAUAAACGAAAAUGUGUUACCACUGUGAAGGGUCUUGAUAUGUUUGGGAUAAAAUUGAGUGACGCUUCUAAAAAACUUGGGAAGAAGUUUGCUAGUGGAGCUUCGGUGGUUAAGGGUCCAACUGAAAAAGACCAGAUUGAUGUUCAAGGAGAUAUCUUGUAUGAUAUUGUGGAAUUUAUCACCGACACCUGGCCAAAUGUACCAGAAAAUGCCAUAUAUUUUAUCGAAGAUGGAAGGAAGGUUCCUGCUGUGUAAUCAAGCAUUUUGGGUCCUUAAUGAGGCUCUGAAUGUUGUCUGACUAGUGUUAUCAUAGUUCAGUGUUUUACCAUAAAGUUUUGCAGCUGGAUAUAUUAGUUUGAUAUGCAAUAUUUUACUUUGUAUUGCUAAUCAGUUCUGGAAAUGCGUUCUCUAUGACUUUCAAUUUAAAAGGCUGCCUAGAAAUUUGUGUUAUUCACAACUCUUCUAUGUGGUCUGUUAUAUAACUUUGGCAACCAUGUAUGGCUAGCCAUUUUAUUUUGGUGUGGCAGUAUAAAGUUUUACCUUAGCUACAUGUAUUGAAAUUGAGUUCACUGUAUAGGUGCGUCUAAUUGUUGUUUUGUGAACAUUUAAUAAGAUCAUAAUUAGUAGUCGUCAUUA